AAUCGCCGCAGGCCUACCAACAACGCACAGCGUAGAGCUGGGGCUCCGGCGGCCGCGCGGUCCGCCAUCUUCAUCUUGAACUGUGGCUACUGAGAGACCAGCAAGAUAAGACUGUCGUGACCUACAGCACAAGAAAUGGCCGCGGAAGGCCUUCUCGCCGAGUAUCCUGAGCUGCGGCCGUUCGUCCUCCCCAACGUCCGACUCACUGGCAUCAGAAUCGGCGCCGGAGCCUAUGGCAGCGUGGAGGAGGUGGCCGUGCCUGGAGCCAUCUGCGCCGCCAAAAAAAUCCACGACAUCUUCCUGGACCGCUCCGAGAUCCCCGCGGCCGAGAUCCACAGAACCACUGCCCAGUUCGUGAGGGAAUGUCAGCUUAUGAGCACCUUCGUCCACCCGAAUAUCGUCAAGUUUCUGGGCGUCGCCUUCUUUCCCGGCUCGCGACUGCCAGCCCUCGUCAUGGAGCGACUGCUGACGAGUCUUCACGACUUGCUGGACCCAGAAACGGACCCCCCUCCCUCGCCCAACACGCCCAAGCCGUUCUUCCCGCUGAGCCUAAAGUGCUCGAUCCUGCACAACGUGGCGUGCGGUCUAGCCUACCUCCACGAGCGAACGCCGCCCGUCAUCCACCGCGACUUGUCGGCCAGAAAAGUUCUCCUGAAUUCGGGGAUGGUAGCCAAGAUCGUGGAUUUGAGUGUGGCUCGUAUCGUUCCUCGUCUGAGAACUGCAGCUACCAUGACAAAGGGACCUGGGGCCUCAGUCUACAUGCCUCCAGAAGCCACUACUCCUGCAAAAUCGAAUGCACAAAAGUCAAAGUACGAUGCCAGUAUCGAUGUCUUCUCUUUUGGAGUAGUUGCCAUUUUCACAAUCGGUGAGGUGUUCCCCUGUGAUCCUCUAGAGCACAACAACUUUGACGAGAAAAGUGGAAUUCUAGUAGCUAGCACUGAACUACAGCGACGCAGCGAGUACAUGCAACACGUGAACGAGCAACUCCGUGCCUGUGGCCAGCUCUGUGGGGACCACCCUCUCAUUAGGCUGAUCCAGCAAUGCCUGCACAACGGUCCUCACGGACGUCCGAGCAUUCGUGAGGUUCUGCGUCUGUUGGAGGAGGCCAGAGCUGGAGCCACAGACAGCGGAUGGGAAGAGAUGCAAGCUGCUCAGACCCAGCCCAGGAACCAGAGUUCUGAAAGAGAUCUGCAGUCUGGUGUGCAUGAGCUACAGCAACAGCUGCAGUCCAGGAACCAGGAGUUAGGAGAUCUCCAGUCAAGCAUGCAGGAACUACACUUCAGGAAUGAGGCCAAGGACAGGGAGUUAGCUGAGGCUCGGCAGCGACUGAGACAGAAGGAAGAAGAGCUCCAUUCCAGUGAGAGAGAGAAACAGACAGUCAGGCAACAGCUCAUCAGCUCACAGAGACAGAAUGAAGAACUGAGACGGAGAGAGACUGAGUUAGUGCAGGCCAAGGGCAGGGAGCUAAGAGAGAAGCAGACAGUGAGAGAUGAGCUAACAAGGAAGGAGACUCAGCAACAACUGAGACAGAAGGAGGAACAGCUGCGAUCAAGUGAGGCUCUAGUGGCUGACCAGAAGGCCCUCCAGCAGAGAGACUCUGAGCCUACUCUGAGGACAAAGACCCAGUCUAGUCUUCUACCAACAGCUGUACCACAUUCCACACCAGUCAAUAUUAAACCCAGAAAGCUCACUGUGCAGUGUCAUCGUAGUAAGACAGCACCAUGUGGAAUGAUCAGAGGAUCUGCAACAACUGAUGGUCGAUUUGCAUACUUCACCCCACGUCAAUCCAGCUCAGUCUACCAAUAUGAAUGUAGUACAGAGAAAUGGGAGGUACUUCCUCCAUGUCCAUACAAGGACUCUGGACUAGUCGUUAUUGACAGGGAACUAACUGCUGUGGGGGGAGAGGGUGGAUCUCAUACUAACAAACUAUACACACUACGACAGAGGGAAUGGGUUGAGAAAUACCCUCCAAUGAACACUGCACGUUCCUGCACUACUGUAGUUAGUACAUCCGAUGGUGAAUACCUCAUUGUGAUUGGGGGAGGUGGUUCUACUUGGACUGCUACAGUUGAACUAUUUCAAGUGAAGAGCAGAAGAUGGUACCAACUAGCAGACUUACCACGACCUCUUACCCUCCCUUCAGCCACAAUAUGUGGUGAUCAGUUGAAAGUUAUAGGAAUUAAUGCUAAUGGCUACUCGUGUUCUCUUGCAGCUCUACCAUCCAGUGACAAACCAAUCCCACCACAGUCAAUACCACACCUCAUAUCAUGGACAUCUCUCGUUCUACCAGUCAGAGGUUCAACAGCUGCCACCCUCUGUGGACAGCUAGUACUCAUUGGUGGCAGGCGAGAUGGUCUAUUGGUGUCACCAGUCGUCAACUCCAUUCACCAGCUAGUGGAUGGACAGUGGGUGGAGAUUGGCUCUAUGACUAGCGGUAGGUACGACUGUUUAGUAGCCAGUCCAUCACCUGACAAGAUCAUCGUAGUGAGUGGACAUGGAGCAUGGGACAGUGUUGAAGAAUGUGUUGUUGUUUAGUUGUAAUUUUUUUGUAAUACUCAUUGUACAGUAUAAUAAUUAUAACAAGUUGU